AUGAAGCCCGCCCUUCUCCAACUCCCACUUCUCCUUGCACCCUUCCUUGCACCAGCUUCAGCCCUAGCUGUUCCCAAGGUUGCAGCUGACAUCGACCUUGUUCUCGAAAAACGCGGGGAUCACGCCGAGGACCAAAAAGAUGCGUACGCUUCCGCCCCAACUCCAUCCGUCGCCUCCGAGUCCGCUGCUCCUGACGAUUGGGCCGGGCCAGGGGUUGGUUCGACUGCCGCUGGCUCUUCUUCCACCGGCUCUCUUGACUCCGCUGCUUUGGUGGGCUUGCUUCCGGACAUCCUCAGUAUUGACCUGACCAAGUUGACGAGUUUGGUUGGGUCGACUGGCUCUAUUGACCUGGCUGGUCUUGUGGACUCGAUUUCCUCUUCUGUUCCUAUUGAUUUCGAUAGUCUUUGUGGUUUGGUUCCUGGUCUUGCGUCUGCUGCUUCUACUGGUUUGACGGGUGGUGCAGGUGGUUCUUCUACUUUUUAUCCUACUUUGACUGCUUCGACUGCUUCUGUUCCAAUUGUGUCAACUGCUUCUGUUCCAAUUGCUUCAACUGCUUCUGUUCCAAUUGUUUCAACUGCUUCUGUUCCAAUUGUUUCAACUGCUUCUGUUCCAACUCUUCCAAAUGCUUCAUCUGUUCCAGCUUCGUCAGCUCUUCCAACGGCUUCAACUCUUCCAACUUCGUCAGCUCUUCCAAUUCCUUCAACUCUUCCAACUGCGUCAACCAAUGAAAUUGGUACAAAUGAUUCCUCAGGCUCAGAAUACCUGGGCGAUCUAACCGAUUCCACCGGCUCUUCUGGUUCCGUUGAUCUUGCUUCUUUCAAUAAUCCCUUUGGAUCUACUGGUUCUUCUGGUUUCGAGGCUUCCACUGCACUGACUGAUGAUCUUGGUUCGGAUGAUUCGGAUUAUGAUAGGAUAGGGAGCGGGACUUCUAAUAUCAAUCCUUCAACUUCCGAGCACCUAAAUUCUGCCGUUAAACCCUACUUCGGCGCUCUCGCCCCCGUUUAG